ACCACAUUAACCACAUUCCUCAAGGCGAAGACAUAGGCAUCUGCAAGCUACGUUAUAUCAUAAAGUUCUUUGUCAGGUUACCAGAUUCCUCGCAUGCAAAGUACUUAAUCAGUAAGAGACAUUGACACGGUCAGUAACUCAGUGGUCACACCAUGGCGCGGAAUCCUGCCUUCCAUCGUCCCCUAGAAAUCUACUUCCAACGCUUUUACGACCCCGACCAAACAUCAAAGUCCCCCAUCUUCAAGACGGGGAAGAGAGAUGCCCUCCUUCUCCGCAGGCAAUUCCCAAACACCAUCCUCGUGAUGCCUGGGUCAUACAACCCACCCCACCACGGCCACCUCGAACUCCUAAAGCACGGCCUCGCCCAGGGCGGCGGAGACCUCAACAUCCUAGCCGCCAUCGUCAUCCCCACCGACGACAGCCGCCUGUCCUCCAAGUUUGCGGGCCGCCACCGGCCUCUCGUGCUCCCCAAGCACCUCCGCGCCCAGCUGUGGCGCGAGGCCGAGGGCUUACCACCCCACGUCUUCGUCUUCGAGAAGCCGAAUAGCGAAUGGGGCGUCUUCCGCGAGCAGGUCGAGCGAGCGACCCGGGCUGACGGCUUCAGAGUUGAGUUCAUGGCCCUCGUCGGCCCUGAUUACGUCUCGUUGAGGGGCUUCCAUGAUCCUUCAAAAUGGGGAUGCAGGAAUACCAUGGUCACCGACGCGUGUCGACCCGUGGACUUUGUCGCUGGUGGGAUGUAUGGGACCGGGUCCCCGAUGCGCCUCUCGGCUUGUGAUGAGUGGAGGCAUGUCAAUUUUAAGCCAGCGGUUGUUCAACGCCUUCUCAGGGCAAAAGAACAGCAGCAUCAUGCGAGUGGGAAUGAUCUUCACGUGGCUGGAAAUAUAGCCGGCAUCAGCAUCGCCAAAGAGUUUGCCAACCUCGAAUGCCUCUAGGAGUGCCGUUUUCGUAAACGCGGCGAGCUCAGCACCAAAAUCCGUUUCGUCCCCUGGCGCGAAGCGACGCGCAAGCCGGACGUCUCAUCGACCCAGACCCGCCACAUCAUUGUCUCGUGUGAGAACGAUGAUGACCCCGAGGGCGAACUCACCGGGCUAGCCCUGAGCCCCCACAUUUUGGCCCAGUACGUCAAGACCUUGCCGGACCGGAAAGGCCUCGCCAUUCUUGCCGGGGUUCCCAAUAAGCGGGAUCCCUUUGAGGGCGUUCAGUGGUGAAGGGAAGUCUGUUAGUCUCCGAUGUUGUUCAUGUUCAGAUUACAUUGUAGAGGGAGGCGUGAUAGUUGAGGACUCCUAGGAGCUUUACAACUAUCAGUCGUUGUGACCAUGUCACAGUCGCCAUAACGUAGGUCACCCUAUACAGAAUCAGAAGAGGCAGGCAGCUCGGAUAGAUCUUCAACGUCUCACAUCACAAGUCGAGCG